CCCUCCCACACAUCUCUGAAUGUUUAAAGAAGCUUGUCUAGCCAACAGGAUUAAUCAAUUUAGAACCUUUUCCCAUAAUCUAGAUUUGUUUUUCAAAUACUCUGUUAUUAAUAUGAAACAAUGCUAGUAAUGAGGAUUUCAUUUACUGUAUUUGCGCCCGUUGUGAGUAUAUAUAGGCCAGUGUGGUGGCUUUUUAUUUUUCAGUGUUGAUCAGUUUUUGGUUGAUUGGAAGAUGAGAACAGGAGAACAAGUCGAUGGCCAGCAAACCCAGUCAUCAUCGUCAUCUUCUUCUUCAAUUGAUAGCAGUAAUUACCCUUGUGGGACUGCGAAACCUGCAGCUUCUUCUUCUCACUCUUCCUCUUCGUGUCUCUCAAGUGUUUGUGGAAAUACCAGUAGUUCCAGAACUGAUUUGAUCACUGACCUGAGACUUGGUCUUACCAUUUCUCCUUCUCAACCUGGCUUUUCCAAUUCAAAUCCCAGGUCACGGAAUCAUACUUCAGAUUGGCCUCCAAUCAAGUCCAUACUGAGAAGCACUCUUGUGGAGAAACAAAACCAGUGGAGCGAAGGGCCUUCCUUAUUUGUCAAAGUGUACAUGGAAGGCAUACCCAUUGGUAGAAAAUUGAACCUUCUGGCACACCAUAGUUAUGAUGGGCUUGUCAGAGCUCUAGGUCACAUGUUCAGGACCACCAUUCUCUGCCCCAAUUCCCAAGCACUUCAUUCUGGAAAUUUUCAUGUGUUAACUUACGAGGAUCAAGAAGGAGACUGGAUGAUGGUUGGAGAUGUGCCUUGGGAGAUGUUCUUGACUAGUGUGAAAAGGCUGAAGAUCACCAGAGCAGACAGAUGCUAGCUAAUCUAAUCCAUAAAACUCUUUCUUCCCACAAGUUUCUCCUCAAUUUUUACUGUCCAUAGUCCCAUACAUUUUUGUCUUGGUUAAUGGGUGGGCUAAAAAAGAAAAAGUAGAGUUUUCCCGGAAAAACCAGUAGUUUCCAACUUCCCAUGAUUAAAAUCACAUAUGAUAUGAUAGUUAUAUAAACCAAGAUCAUAGAUGUGUAUAGUAUCUCCCUGAAGUGCAUAAUUAAGUGUUUAUGACUAAUGAGACUCUUUCAUGUUGAAGAAUUUUGAGCUCUUGUACUGGUUCAAUUUUAUUCUGUAGUCACUCAUUAAAUUUAUUCCAUUCAUCUCAGUAUGUUCUUGAAACAGAAGAGAAAAUUCUUUAAAUCACAUAAUGCACAAGAAGAGCUUCCUCAGAAGCACACUAUACAUGCGUGUUCUAAUAUGUACAGUUUUUUAAGAUUAAAGAGUCUCCAAAAUGGAGGUCCACCCAGUACUCAUUACACUGCUACAAGUUGCUGUAAAUACUGUAAAUUCAAUAUAUCAUCUGUCCAAAUCUUUCCAGUGCAGUUUAAAUGAACAGCUCUGCUGAACACAAUUUAGUUUUAAAAUUUCAAACCAAACCGCACUAUUCACGAGCCAUGAAUGUGUUAUUUAAUAGACUUUAUAUAAUGUGUGAGAACCGCACGCACGCACUCACUAGUUUAAAUUCAUAAGUAGAACCUUAUUUGAUGCUAAUCUGAUCAUGUAUCGCUUGAUAUGACUAAAAAUUUAUGUCACACGUCACCUGUUUGAAUCAAAUUUCAAGGAAGAAGAGCUGUAAGUUUCAAUCUGAACUUUUGAAACAGCAGAACAGAGUUUAGGGACUUAAAAUGACAACUGUAUUGGAGACAAAUUAAGCUUGAAAGGCAAUCCGACAGGGAAAAAGAAGGAACUGGAACUCAAAAGUGUGUGCUUGAUAAAAAUUAAAGAAAGAAAAAGGAAAAAGAAAGGCAAUAUGUAUAUUUAUAUGUACCUAACUUGUGCUUUGGUUUUGCUUGCGGGUUAGGGUGUUGUUGGGGAAGAAUAUGAUGGUGGUGGUCUCCCACACUCGUGUCAGCAACAGAGAUUUUGCUUUAAGAAUGUCAAGAUUAGAGCAAGUCAUGUCUCUAAACACGUGUGGUGCUCCCCACACAACAGUUCUGAUAUGUGAACUCAGUUUUGAAUUUUGGUCCUGCAUCUAAUUUCCAUUCCAUAUUUCACCAACUGAUGGCGAUGCCGUAUCUGCAUAAUCAUUUUUAUUCCUUCA